AUGGCUAGUCUUGGUCGCGUUUUCUCCAGUGUUGCUGGUUCUGUCGUGCUUCAGUCGUGCAGAGCAGAAGGGAAUAUGCCUCGGAUUGCCUGCCAAAGGCUUUAUUCUUCAGCAGCAGAGUAUGAGAACAUCAAAGUGGAGAAAAGAGGAGAGAAACAGAAUGUUUUCUUGAUCCAGCUGAACCGGCCCAAGGCCCUGAACACCCUCUGUGACGCUCUCUUCAGUGAAAUCAAUGCCGCCCUUGACAUUACAGACGCAGACAAAGAUGUCGGAGCUAUCGUAAUCACUGGCAGCGACAAAGCCUUUGCAGCGGGUGCUGACAUUAGGGAAAUGAUGCAGAAAACAUUUCAUGAGGUCUUCACCGCAGACUUUCCAGAUUUCAGUGCGUUUGACAGAUGUAGAAAGCCGAUUCUGGCUGCAGUCAAUGGCUUCGCUUUCACUUCAGCAGCCGGGGGAUCACAGAGACUGACGCGUGCCGUGGGCAAGUCUAAGUCCAUGGAGAUGGUGCUCACAGGGAACAGGAUGUCAGCUGUUGAGGCAGAGAAAGCGGGUUUAGUCAGUAAAGUGGUACCCGUGGACCAGCUGGUGGAUGAGACGGUCAAGACAGCAGAGAAGAUCGCCAGCUACUCCAAGACAAUCGUGGCCAUGUGCAAAGAAGCUGUCAAUGCAGGGUUCAACAUGCCUCUGAAUGAGGGCCUUAGCCUGGAGAAGAGAUAUUUCCAUGCUACUUUUUCCACACACGACAGAAAGGAAGGGAUGACUGCUUUUGUGGAGAAACGGGCCCCAGACUUCAAAGACUGCUGAAGUUUUCUUCUUUACUUUACU